AUGGAGCACAUUGCUGAAUUGACUCUCCUCUAUGAGGCCAGACAGAUCUGGAUGUUUAAUGCAGGCAUCCAAAAAUUCUCUGCCAACCUGAACAAGCAUUGGGCCAAGGCUGAAGCAAUGGGUUUCAACCUCAUGAGAGUCCUCAAAAUCAAAACCCUCAUCAAUCAGGCAAGACUCAUGACUGCUUACAAUACCUGCAUCAUGAACCUGCAAGAUAAUGGCUGA